CUUUUUUGACUCCCGAUGGACUCCCUGUCUCCCCCCGCCGGUGUGUUGGUGCCGUCCUGCCGCUUCCAAGCGCUGGGGGAGGCGGAGAGGCAGGGCAGCCCUCGCAGGCACAGAGGUGGGGUGGGAGCGGCACAGCGUGGCGGAGGAAUCUCCGCGAAGGUAUCUCGGUGCCCCCGUGUCUCCGUGCUAAGCCGCAGCCUGGUGCGGGGGGCUUCGUCUCCCUCCUACCCAUGCUCGUUCAUCCCUCCGCGCCCGGAGUUGGUAUGCGCCCGUAGGCGCGGAGGGCCAAUCGCGGCGGCUGUUGUUGGCCAGUGCAGGGUGACAUUGGGGGGCGGUGGAGCUACCAUGGCGCUGGCGUCGCUGGGCCGCUCGGCGGGGCGGCUGCUGCGGGCCGGGAGCGGCGCGGUCGGGCGGCGGCACGCUGGCGGCGGGGUGCACAUCCAGCCGCGGUACCGGCAGUUCCCGGAGCUGACGCGGGCGCAAGUGAUCCGCAGCGAGCUCCUGAGCGGCUUCAUGUGGUUCUGGAUCCUGUGGCACUUCUGGCACAGCUCGGAGAUGGUGCUGGGCCACUUCCCCUAUCCCGAUUCUUCGGCCUGGACGAACGAGGAGCUGGGGAUCCCUCCGGACGACGUGGAUUAGGCGCCUCCAGUCGGGGUGCUCUCGCUCCCCGCAGCACACUGGUCCCUGGAACUAAAGAGGCCCCUGGAACCAAAGCUUUGGCUCCUCAGGUCCUUAUUUCAAUAAAAGUAACU